UUACAAUAAUAAAAGUGUAAUAUUUUGAUAGGAUAGAAAAACGGCGCGAGAUUUUUGCUAACGAUUGAACGGGUUUAUUUCUCUAAAAACUUUAUUAAAAUUCCACGCAGAUACAGUUAUCGAUGAUUGUGAUUCUGUUUUUAUCAUUCUUUGAGUGAUCAACUUUGAUAAUUUAUUUAUCCGUGAAAAUGAAAUUGCGCGGAGUUAUAAAUAAUUUGUGCUAUCUUUGUUAACCAUGCGCAGUUUUUCUAUAAUUUUUCUCGGUCGAUUUUCGCUGAUUUCCUGCUAAGUUCCUUUAACUAUGUGGCCCUACAGUCUCCUGACUUCAAGAUCUAGAUACAAAAUGCGAGCUUGGAGGUUAUAGCUCUAACGAGCGGAUCUGGUGAGUUGGCGAUCUAACCCAUGCCCAUAUGAGCUGUAUCUCCUUGUUUAUUAAUCUCUGAGAGUGAUAUUCUAAUCUAUACUACUCUAAUGAAAGUGCGUCGGGAAAUUGCCAAAGAAUAUGUAUACUGUGUAGCAUGUCUAAUGAACAGUAAGUUGAGCAGACUAUAUACACAUGCUACAAACUUAGGCAUGAUGGAAGCAGCAGGCAGUGUAAACAACUGUACGUUUGCUUAAUAAUCAUUGACAAUAAGAGCAUUUUUUUCUUUAUUAUUGAAUUAAAUCAAAUGAGCUGUGCAGUCUGAAGAGCAAUGGGAAGGAGUCGGACUCCAUCACCGAACCGACGGCGUGAUAGAUCUAGAGAGAGGGAUCGAGAUCGUCGAAGAAGAAGAUCAAGAGAAAGAAGACGAAGAUCGAUUGAGAGAGAAAGAGUAAAGUCGAGAGAUCGUGAACGAGAUAUUGAGCGACAUAGAGAUUAUGAUCGUGAUCGUGAAAGACAUAGAAGAUCUUAUAGUCGAUCCAGAUCUCGUGAAAGAGAACGCCCCAUUAAUAGACCGAGAGUUAAACAUGCUGAACGCCCAAUUAUCACAGAGGCUGAUUUGCAAGGCAAGACUCCUGAAGAGCAGCAGAUGAUGAGAAUGAUGGGAUUCUGUGGCUUUGACACAACGAAAGGAAAGAAAGUCGAAGGUAAUGAUGUAGGUGCAGUGCAUGUGAUAUUGAAGAGAAAGUAUCGACAGUAUAUGAACAGAAAAGGUGGAUUCAAUAGACCAUUGGACUUUGUAGCAUAGUAUCUUGCGGCCUAAUGCCUCAUAUGUCACUUUUAUUUUAUAAACUCAAUUUACAUGUUAAUUACUAUAUAAUUUGGUUUUUUUGCUCUGUACAAUUAAUGACGAGAUUUAAUAAAUAAUACUUUGAUAAUGUA